AUGUCGAAACAUGCCUUUGAAGAAGCAAAUGAAGCUUUUAUUGACGAAAAAUAUGAAGAAGCAUAUGACUUUUAUACAAAAGCUCUUGUGAACGAUGACAAAAUUGAUCAUCGAAAUACUUCCAAAAUCUUAGCAUCACGUGCUCAAUGUUCAUUAAAAUUGAAAAAUUAUGCAGAUGCAUUAAAAGACAGUAAUGAUGCAAUUAAAUUGGAUGAAACAAAUAUUAAAGCAUAUGUUCGUAAAGGUGUUUCAUUAUACAAUCAAGAUUUAAAAGAAGAGGCUCUGCAAGUAUUUGUUCGUGGACUUGAAUUUGAUUCUGCUAAUGAACAACUGAAAAUAUGGCAACAUAAAUGUGAAAAAGAAUUAGCAGAGCAAAAUCUUGUUACUAUGGUUGUUUCUAUUGAAAAAGAAAAAUUAACUACGAAUACUACACCUGUUCUUCCAUUGCCACCAGCAAAAAUCAAGUCUAUUUAA